UAUUAGAAAAAUGUGCGGAAUCCUUGCAGUGUUAGGGUGCCAAGAUGUAUCUCAGGCUAAAAGGACUAGACUGCUUGAGCUUUCCAGACGUUUGAAGCACAGAGGUCCAGAUUGGAGUGGAAUAUAUCAACAUGGCAACUGCUUUAUUACACAUCAAAGGCUGGCUAUUGUGGACCCUUCAUCGGGGGACCAGCCACUGUAUGGACAGGACGAAACCAUAGUUGUUGCUAGAUGCAAUUGGUAUCACACCGUUAUAUAUCGGCUGGGGUCUCGAUUCUACGUAUGCAAGGGAGCUUAUAACUUCCUCAACCUUGGAUCCAUCUGGUUUGCCUCAGAAAUGAAAGCCUUGCAUGAUGAUUGUGAACGUUUCGAAAUCUUUCCUCCUGGACAUAUAUUUUCAAGUAAACAAGGUAGCAUACGAAGAUGGUCUAACCCUCCAUGGUAUUCAAAAGAAAUACCAUCUACUCCCUAUGAUCCCUUGAAGCUUCGGCAAGCAUUUGAGCAAUUAUAAUACCAUCCUUUUUAAAGGACUUUAAUACUAGAUCCUGUUUUACACCAUAUCAUCCAUCACACACACAAUAGUACUCUGAAUGGUUUUGCUUUAAUAUGGUUUAAUUUCUUCCAAGUUGGCCGCACUCCUUCCAUGUUGAACUUAUGAUAUGGCCUCAUUUCUUAUAAAAUGGUUUCAUAGUAUUUGUAGAUGAGAUCUCCUCCUUUCCCAGGAUUUUGUUUGGAUUUUUGUGCUGUUAUUCAAGCACACUGAUUGAUGACUCUUAUUAGUUACAGGCUGUGAUAAAGAGGCUUAUGA